CUGGGUGGAAGGACACACCCCGGUUCAUUACUGUCCAGAGACGUCAGCCGGGGGGGGUGACGAGGGUGAAAAGCAGCCAGCUCAUAAGAGAAGGGGAGGUCCUCUGGGAGAGGGUGAGUGCUCUGCGAAAAUACAUGAGGCAAGGAUCCCCCGGAUGGCGGGGGGAAAAAAGAAGGUAGUUGAGGGGGGAGAGGGCACAUCGGGUCGGAAACGCCAGACGUCGGCGCAGAAACAGUCUGGGUCGGUUGUUGUCGAGCAGAAGGGUCCAAUCGACAUCGACGCCACGUACUUCCUGGAAUGGAACGAGGGCGUGCGAAUGAAGCGGGAAUUCUUCAUUAGCCCGUUGCAGGUCGUCGACAUCGGUGAGUGGGAACAGUCAUACAAUCGGCGGUCCCUGGAUUCCGUGCACACGCAGCUCAUCAUUGACGCGAUGAAGCUAGUCUUCUCAAAUGUUGAGAAGAUGUACGAGUUAGCUACCCUUAAGUUGGCGCCGCUAGGGUUGGAGAAACCUAUAACGGGCGUACGGGCGAGUCGUCUGAGGCCAGAUGACUGGAAGGACGAGCUGGCAGGAGAGUACUAUUAUUACACUAUUUUCGGGCAGCACAACGCGACGGCAGCCAAAGCGCUGCUAGGAGCCGAAGUCGCAUUGCAAUAUAACUUCGAGAGGCGGCCUGCUCGUAUGGUUUACUUCUCGGACGAGGACUUCGAAGGUUAUUUUCUGGUCAGCGAGGAGGACAACAAGAAGGACUUGAAGACGCCUCCAAGACAGCUCAAACUAGCAAUGAGGGACAUUCGAUGGUUGAAGCUCGUUGACGACGCCUCACUGUUCAAGGAUCGCCCGCCGUACAUGGGGUGCGAGGACGACAAGACGAUUGCGGCGACGGAAAAACUCGCCCUCAACAAGAAGUUGUCCGCCGACUUGAAGAACAAGGUCCUCUCCGUGUUGACCGGCAAUAUGGCAAAGAGUAUGGAGAUCGCACUUGGCGAAGGUGUGGUGCACAUUCUUUGGAAAGACUCGGGGGACGUGACAUCGAUUGCCCCGCUCGGCGUUGACCCUCUCGAGGCGCAGAUGAGGAUAGCAACGCGCACGCUCUCUAUGACGACCACCCGUCAGGAGUUGUGGUGCGAUGUGCUCGCAACCAAAUUGCGAGGUAGCCCUUCCACUGCGUGGGAGGAUCAUUAUACCCAGCGCCUCCGCGUGGGUGAGGUCCCCACUCUGGCCGACUUCGCGGCCUUCCUUCAGGACCGUUUCGGCGCUCGUCAUGACGCCACCGACGCCUUAGACCGCGUCACCCAGACCAGAUGGUCCGGGUCCUCUGUAACGGCCGACCUGGAACGUCACAUCCGGGUGUUUCAGGACGCUCGCCUUGUUUGUGACGAGACGUUCCUACCGGAGGUCACACUCACCGACCGGUUCCUUGUCAGCCUGCCGACUGACUAUCGCCUAGAGCUAUGGAGGCGAUCAUUCUCUUCCACGGAGCAGGCAUACGAGGCUGCGCGUCAGUACCAAAGGAUGUGCAGUCGCUUCUCCGUCGCCCCAUCCUCUUCGCGGCCAGCCGCCACCUCUAAGUCUCGGGGUACCACCCGAGGUCGCUCCUCGUUUGCUGGUCGUUUUCGUCGCCCGACCCACCCUGGAGCGUCAUUCUCUCAGCGCUACUGUUCUCUGGAGUACGGCGAGAACGCCUCGGCCGAGUUUGACCCUACCCUUGGGGACGCCCCCGAGGACAUCGAGCUACAAGACGUCAUCCAGUAUCACUUGGAUGACGACACUGUUCCGGUGGCCAAGCGCUUGCUGAUGGCCAUGUCUGCCAUGGGUCAUGCUCGUAUUCAGGACACGAUAGACGCAGUUCUCUCCGCCCCAUCGUCUAUCGAGGUACCGUCUGCCUCCCAGCAGACUGCCGCAUCUAGCGCUUCUCGCUUGAGACUUCCGACGCGUCGCGCCAUUCGCACAGCCCGUUGUGGCGCUCAGCUGGUGACUCGCGAUGAUGUUGUGUCAUCUCUCCUGGACUUGAGCAUUCUGCAGGCUCGUCAGGAGCGCCUCACGAGACACAUCAACGUCCUGCAUCGUCUUCUCGCCUUGCUCUCUGACCCUGAUCGCACCCUACCCAUCAUCCCUAUUCGCCUAGGGACAUCUACGAGGGUGUACUGCGCUUUAUGGGACUCUGGCUUGCAGGGAGAUUUCGUUCACCCUCGAGUGGUUGAGGAAGAUCGCCUAGCUACCUCUGGGUCUCGCUCUCCUAUCUCCGUUACCCUCGAGGAUAACAAGAUGCAGCGCUUCUUCGAUCAGACGGUCCCCGACCUCCACUUCUCCCUCACCCUCCAGCCACCGGAUAGUACCCAGGCGCAUCGGCGCUACCAUUCCUCCGCCUACUUCGACGUGCUGGAGACUGGGUACGACUUUAUCCUUAGCAAUCCCUGGUCUCACCGGUUCCGUAGCACAGAGGCCGAAUGGGCGUUCGAGACACUCAUUCUCAAAACGAAUUGCGGUCAAACCCAUCGAGUCCCCUUCAUUGGAACCACGGGCGACACCCCUCCAAACCUACCUCCCCAGGACCCUCGUCCUUCUGGGUCCCACCCAGACAUCUCCUUCACUUCUCCCCGUCAGUUUGCUCACUUCAUCCGACAGGAGGACGUCACGCUCUACUCAGUGAACGUCAUGGAUCUUCUUCGCUACGAUCCACUCUGUCCCGAGGUUGAGCUCAUCUCACUGGAGCCCGAUCCCCCUGACCCUUCCUCCAUCUUCGCGGCUCCCAUCUCUACAUCCACCCCGCARCCUGCGGAUACCCCCUCGACAUCCCAGGUUCCUACACCGUCCACUGCCGAGUCCACCCAUACGUCUCGUGCCAACGCAGACGUUGAGGAACUCAUGCGGUUCACGGCUGACUUAGAGCCCGUCAUUCGCGACCUGAUUCAGGAGUACCGCGACGUCUUCCCCCCGUAUUUCUCAUACAGCGGGAUUCCCCCGAUGCGCGGUGUCGAGCAUUCCAUCYAGCUCGUGCCUGACUAUCGUGUUCACCAUCAGGCACCAUACCGACUCUCGAUUCCAGAGGCGACRGAACUCAAGCGUCASCUUGAGGAGCUCCUUCGACUUGGUUUCAUUAARCCUAGUAACUCCCCUUGGGGUGCACCUGUCCUCUUUGCUCGCAAAGCGGACGGAACUCUCCGCCUCUGCAUCGAUUAUCGCGGCCUUAACCGUUACACGGUUAAGAACAGCUAUCCCAUGCCCCGCGCGGAUGAGUUGUUUGACCGUCUGGCAGGCAACCGCUUCUUCACGAAGAUCGAUCUUCGUAGCGGUUACCACCAGAUCCGCGUUGCCGCAGAGGACCAGCCGAAGACCGCCUUUCGGUCGCGCUUCGGCCACUACGAGUUCACGGUGAUGCCAUUCGGCCUCACCAAUGCACCAGCCACCUUCCAGACGGCGAUGAACGACAUCUUCACGGACAUCCUUGAAGAAUACAUUCUCGUAUACCUGGACGACAUCCUGGUCUACAGUCGUACCUUAGAAGACCAUAUCAGACACCUCCACGAUGUCCCACAACGCUUACGCAAGCAUGGCUUCUAUGCCAAGCUCAGUAAGUGCCGCUUUGCCCAGCACAAAGUGGACUUCCUAGGACUCCAUGUGUCUGACCAGGGUCUCCACAUGGACGACGCGAAGAUCACUGCUAUUGCAGAUUUCACCACUCAGCCCAUCAAGGGUGAAACGAACCGCGUCGCCGAUGCCUUGUCCCGCCGUCCUGAUCAAAAUCAGGAACCCAUCCAUCUUGCUGCCAUCUCCAUCACCAGUGUUGAUCAGUCGGUGAUCGACGCGUAUCGCACUCAGUACCGCCACUGCCCCGAUUAUCGCGUCAUCCACGCGACACUGCGGAGUGGCAAGACCGUUCCUUCCUACUCCCUCAGGGAGAACGGCCUCGUGUACUGGCAUAGCAGAUCUAGUCAGCUAGAACCACGUAUCUGCGUUCCCUCCACCGGACAGCUCCGCGUCCAGGCUGUAGUAGAGUUCCAUGACCAGGCAGCUGCCAGUCAUAUGGGUUUCCACAAGACGUUGGCUCGUGUUUGCCGCCUAUACAUCUGGCCGAAGUCCAAGGACUUUGUCAAAGCCAACAUCCAGGAGUGUCCUACCUGCCAGGAGGUGAACAGUGAGAACCACCUUCCGUAUGGGUUACUUCAGCCCCUACCCAUACCUGAAGGUCGUUGGCAGUCUAUCUCGAUGGAUUUCAUUGGUCCCCUCCGCCCACCCACUCAGCGCGGUCAUGAUGCUAUCUUGGUCGUCGUCGAUCACUUCACGAAACGUGCACGUUUUGUUCCGUGUCGCUAUCGCAUUAGCGCUCGUGAGGUCGCCGACAUCGUCUUCGACCGAGUCGUGAGAGAUCACGCCUUACCUCAGAGCAUCAUCUCCGACCGUGACCCGCGCUUUACCAGCACAUUCUGGCGACGCCUACACGAGGUGUACGGAUCCCAGCUCCGCUUCUCAUCGUCUUACCACCCUCAGACGGCUGGUCAGACUGAGGUCACCAACAAAACUCUCGGUAAUAUCCUCCGAAAGUUUGUUAGGGAUGACCAGCAGUGGGACUUACACUUAGCCCAUGCGGAGAUUGCGUACAACCACGCUGUUUCGCCAGCCACGGGGAUGUCGCCAUUCUAUUGCGACCUCGGCUACCACCCUCCCGUACUUGCGGAUUUCCUAUGACCAUCGCGGUUGCGCCCAGACACUCGUUGCCCUGCGCUUGAUGACUGGAUCGCCCACAUGGCGGCGAUUAUGAAGCGCGCACACGAGAGUUUAGCCGACUCCCAGACUCGCAUGACCGCACGAACGAACCGAUCACGAAUGAAUCAUCCAUUCAAAG